CAGCCGGUGUUUUCAUAUUUUUACGCCCCUCCGGUCUUGUAUUGUGGUUUCCAUGCUUCGAAGACAUCUAACGUAGCGUACAGGGGUGCCAUGACUCUGACCAGAGGAUCUUUCACCUACGCCAGUGGGGAAGAGUACCACGGCGAGUGGAAAGAAGGUCGGAGGCAUGGAGUGGGUCAGCUCAAGUUUCAGGAUGGAACGUGCUACAGUGGUCAGUUUGAGAACGGGCUCUUUCAUGGCUCGGGUGUGCUGCUCUUCACAGACGGAUCAAGGUACGAAGGAGAAUUUGCACAUGGAAAGUUUCAAGGCCUCGGAGUCUUCGGCCGAUACGAUGGCAUGAAGUUUGAAGGAGAAUUCAAAGAUGGACGCGUUGAGGGAUACGGGUUAUUGACUUUCCCAGAUGGAGCACAUGGUGUCCCACGAAAUGAGGGCUUGUUUAAAAACCACAAGCUGCAGAAGAGAGAGAAGUGUCCAGGCGUGGUGCAGCGUGCGCACGUUUCCGCCUCCAACGCCCGCACCCUGGCACUUUGACUGUCAUGAACCCUGGAGGAGACACAGUCAGGGCUCCGGCACUUUCCAGGAGGACCUCAGGGAUGUAAACUCCCAUCAAGCUCUUCUCCUUGAGUCUUUCUCUAUUUUUUUAACAUCUCUUUCUAAUUCCCUUUUUCUGCAUCUUCCUUGUUUUGCCUUGGAACGCACAUGAAUUUUGACCAAACAAACGCUUUCUUUUAGACUGACUUGAAAUGCACGACACCGGGAAGCCCACCUUUAACUGAGCGAGUCACCUAAACACCACAUGCUGCUUUCUGUUUGUCUCCCUUUGUCCCGAUUCUUGUACUCAUAAACAUCCUCUUAGUGUUUUUCCCUUGAGCAGUUAACAUUUAUACAUCAAACAACUGACAAUGGCAGUCCUGUUCUUACCACAACUGGAACCUCAAACAGGUUGAUCUCUAAUGCAUGAGGAAGAAGUGUAAACUUUGUCUGUUCAUCAAAGUCUACAGCCAUUUAUGAGAUAAACUCUACUGAAGCCCUGAGUGGACAUGCAUCCCUACACUUUGUUUACUCUGUUUUCCUGUGAUAAUGAGUAACUUCUAGUUGUAUUCUGGAGCUUAAUACUCAUUAAUCCUGUAUCCCUAAAACUGCAAAAGUACAAAAUACAUAGAAAUUGGCAAAACUAACCUCAUUGGUGCGGGCACUUGCAGCGUGGCAUAGGUCUUGCCUUUAGUAUUGUUUUUAGAUCAUCUAAAUAUGAUAUAUUGAGAUUCAUUCGUCGUCAGCUUUUGUUAUGUAAUGAGAAAAAUAUGUGAAGAUCUCCAGAAGAAAACUGAAAUAGACUCUUCCACUGGAAAACCAGAAUUCUUAUCUUGAGAUAACCAAAUAAAUUCGUAGUUAUUACAAGUAAAUACAAUUUGUGGAUUCAUGUCCUCUUAGGGCUUUAUGAAAAUUCCCCUUAAAAUGAACAACACAUGAACUUAAAGGUACUCUGUUGGGUUUUUGACUAUCGGUGUUACCAAUUAGCAAUUAUGAUUGUUUGUUUUUUUCUUUCUUACAAAUGGGCAUUAGGAAGCAUGCACAAAAACAUGUUGGGGACAAAAUACAAAUUUUUGCAGAAGGUUUUGUGCAAUUCUGCAAAUGAACAGUUUUUGCUUUUUUUUUUAAAGACACAGCAAUGUGCCCUUAAAGCCAGAAACAAGACUGCAAGUUAGAAAAUAUUGAUUGAAAUACUCAAAAAAAGAUUUUUAAAUGGCUUAUAAAGAUUUGUCUGUAAUAUUCCAGGCCUCAUAAAUACACAAGACAUAUGCAUUCUGGUGAAAAGCAGGGAAUGUAAGCACUCUCUUUAAAAACACUCCAUAGGGCGCCUUUCAACUCUCAUCUAAUUGUUGCUGCCAUCUUGGACUUUCUAGGGAAGUGUUCUGCCCCUCGUUUUUCUUCAUGUAAUAGAUCAGUAUUCACAUUUGCCUUAAAGAUAUUUUAGUACGAGAGCGUAGUCCUGUCUGAAAAGUAACCAUCUGAAAACAAGAUCACGCAUAUUGCCCCCUCUUUCCCCUCUCCUCUGCAUCUUCUCCCCCUGAGGUGUCUGUCAUCAUAAUGAAUUUGAGGUCUGUUUGAAGAGUGCCUUCACUCUGUGACACGCGUUGCUAAGCUGGUGCUGACUUCCAGCUCUCGUCACUCACAUCCAGUCCAGCAGCUCCAAUGAACUCUAAUAAACCUCCCUCUCCCAGUGGAAAUCAUUGGAGAGGAGAUUUAUCUCAGCUGGAUCAUUCUUAUGUUUAACCUGAGAGCAGAUGGUGAGUAAUCCUGAUGAAAUGCAUCCAAUUAGGGAUGUAAAUCUUAAAUGAGGCAGCUGAUUGAAAUCAUUUAUAAAUCAGAUAUAUAUUUAACAGUACUUGAUUUUUAAGUGUGCGUUUACUGUGAGGGGUAAAUUGGUAAUUGAGUUUGUUCCGACCUUUCAUACAAAUGGUUUAUUGUUUGAUUGGUCGUGGAGACAAAUGUGUUACAGAAUUAUUUAAGACAGCGUGGGUUGAGUCUUUGCUGAGAAUUGUAUACAACACAGUUAUAGCUGAUCACAGAUUAUUUCAUCGUACUUGAAUAGUUAUUAGGCCUUAAAAAGCAUUUGUAGACUUGUCUAGGGUUGCCUACAUGAAACUUCAACCAAAGACAAUCAGAUGAUAUUAUAGGUAUAGGACGCCUGGAAUGGUAACAGGAGUUGCGUGUGUUAUUUUUUACAGCUGAACAUUAAAGACAAAUCCACAUGUGGCUUGAGUGCAGUACAGAUUAUGCUGUAAAUAUUCCUUACAUCUCCAGUCUAGAUUACUGCAGUUACUGAUAUCAUUAUUUUAUUUCAAAGCGGAAGCAAAAAAAAAAUCAAUACUUAAUAUUGUGAGGCUGUACUACUGCUUGCUUUGGAAACCCCCGUUGGUGCUGCAGUGUGCUGCACAGUGCAAUCAGAAAGACUGAAGCUAACAUUACAGAGAAAAUCUGUCCACUGCAUGCACCAGAACCACUCCUCUCACACACACACUGAUACUUUAAUGUUUGCUGUAUGUGCAAAGUGUGUAAUAUCCUGUAUUUUACAUCAUGUAAUGGUAUUUUUUUCCCUCUUGCAAUGUCAGAGACAAUACCUGCUAAAGCCUUCUUUGCCUACACACACCAUGCCUGUGUGGAAUUUAAUUCAUCAGAAUCCCACAUCCAUUUCCAACUGGAAACAUAUGGUGCUUAAAAAGCGUGCCUGUCCAGACUCUCACCUGCCUGGAGAAUACCAUUGCCAUGGUUACCUUUUUUUCUGUGACAAUAGAAGAUUGCUUUGAGUGCUCUUAUAGAAAAACUACCGCACAGUAUCCUCUUAUUCUCCUGGAAUAGGGUGUGAGUAUGUAUCACAAGGGUGGUUAACAGUUGAUGUGUUCAAUAAAGAUGUGUUUAAAAAA